AUCGGGCCCCGGGGCCAAGCCGAGCGCAACGCAGCUCUGCGCUGUCAACCUCGGCCGGGCGACCGUCCUGCGCCUAGUCGUUCUGUCGUCCUCUGUUAUUGCAUUUGUUUACGUAUUCCGAACACUAGUUCAGAGGAAUCAAGCUCCUCAAAGCGCCGCUUGUCGGUUGCAUCGGUUUCGAAUUUGCGGCGAGCUGUGGCGUGCCUUUCGCUCCAACGAUCGGAGCUCGGGACGCCGUUCCCAGGGCCGUCAGCUUGUUGAGCGCGGGGUUUGCCUUGCUCGCAGCCGGCCGGAGCUCCUAGCUGCGCAACCACAUCUGCAACUCCCAACCGGAACACGGACUAUCUCACUCAGGUACCGCAGUAUCCGCAAGGCCUUUCCAUAAGGUCUCACCGCGAUCCGCUGUCCGCCAUCAUGGCGCCCAGACUCCGCCGAGCUGUCGCCUUCGCGGCGCUGUCGCUGUCGCUGGCAGGCGUCUCCUCCGCCUACACCAACUACUCGUCGGCCGACAUGAUACGAGCGCAGCUUGCCCUGAUGGAAGGCCCGUCAAAAGACUGCCCGCCGCCCAAGGAAUGCCCACCAUGGUAUGACGUCAACGACAUCUACUUCCCCGGCAGCCCUUAGACAGGAUGCUGAUGCGUUGUGGUUACCUACCAGCUUCAACUGCAAUCUCCCGAUAUACUCGUGUGCGCAAUACGCCCCUUGCAGCGAAUACAACGGGAAAUGCAACUGCCCUGCGGGCUUCGGCGGCGACAACUGCUCAGAGCCUCUUUGCGGAUCCCUGGCUCGAGGCCCAGACCGCCGCCCGGUGCGGCAGGGGAAAUCAUGCGAAUGCGACGAGGGAUGGACGGGCAUCAACUGCAAUGUGUGCACGAGCGACCGCGCAUGCGAUGCUCUGAUGACUGAGACGGGAGAUGGCGGCGUCUGCUACACGGGUGGCGAGGUGGUGAAGCAAAACUACCAGAUGUGCGAUGUCACGAACAAGGCGAUCCGGGACAUCUUGGGCGCCCAAGUGCCCCAGGUCACGUUCACUUGCAACAAGGAAUCUGGGGAGUGCGAUUUCCAAUUCUGGGUUGAUGAACGAGAGUCGUUCAUGUGCCACCUGACUGAAUGCGAAUCCAGCGCCGACAUCGACCUGUCCGGGGGAAAGAACUCGACGUCCUACAGAUGCGGCAAGAUCCGCUGCGAGUGCAUCCCCGACCGCAUGCUCUGCGGCGAAAAUGGCUCUGUCGAUAUUAGCGACUUCCUCGUCGAGAUGAUCCGAGGGCCCGCCACGUUCCAGUGCACCCAGCGACCCGGAGAGCCAAAGAAGUGCGCGUUCGAGGAACCAGAGAUGAACAACCUGAUCAGCGACACAUUUGGCGACGCGAGCAUCCUCCUCACGUGCACCGCUGGAGAGUGUUUGUACCAUACCGAGGUGCCCGGAUACGCGCCCCAAGUGCCCAAGAUUAACACGCCGCUCAUCGCUGGCGCCAUUGCUGCGAGCGCACUCUUCCUGGUUGCGGUUAUCCUGGGGACGUGGUACCUGUCCAGGAGACAGUUCAAGUACGGGCCGAUCCAUCUGGACGACUCGGAUGACGAAGCCAUCAAGCUCAUGACUGACCACAAGCCGGCGUCCCUCUACUUCCGGAACGUCUCUUACAACCUCAACGGCAAGGAUAUUCUCUCGGGCAUACAGGGCAUGGCGCAUCCUGGCGAACUCACCGCCAUUAUGGGAGCCUCCGGCGCUGGCAAGACAACAUUCCUCGAUAUUCUCGCUCGCAAGAACAAGCGCGGCCAUGUCUCGGGCGAAUUCUUCGUCAACGGUGAGAAGGUCAGCGAUGCUGACUACAAGCACGCCACCGGCUUCGUCGAUCAGGAGGACACGAUGCUUCCUACAUUGACGGUUCACGAGACAAUCCUUACGAGCGCCUUGCUUCGUCUUCCCAAGGACAUGACGCGGGCAGCAAAGGAGCAGAGAGUCCUCGAAGUCGAGAAGCAGCUGGGUAUCUACCACAUCCGAGACUCCUUGAUUGGGUCUGAAGAGGGCAAAGGUCGCGGCAUUUCCGGGGGAGAAAAGCGUCGUGUCAGCAUCGCUUGCGAGCUGGUCACGAGCCCAUCCAUUCUCUUCCUCGACGAGCCCACAAGCGGCCUCGACGCCUACAAUGCCUACAACGUCAUCGAGUGCCUGGUAACGCUGGCCAAGACCUACAAGCGGACCGUCAUCUUCACGAUCCAUCAGCCGCGAUCCAACAUUGUCGCCCUCUUCGACCGCCUGAUCCUCUUGGCCCAGGGCAAGACGGUUUAUUCCGGACCGUUGCACCAGUGCCAGGACUACUUUGACCGCAUCGGCUACAGCUGCCCUCCUGGUUUCAACAUUGCCGACUAUCUUGUCGAUCUGACGAUGCAUGCCGGCUCCACCGCGUCCUUCGACGAUGGGACUGUCGCGGAAGACGUGGCCAGCGUCGGUCCUAGCAGCACCAGGGCAGUCAAGUCGGUUGCCAGCAUCUCUGGCACCAGCGUCGGUGACGAUAACAGCACGGUUGAGGCCUCCUCGUCGCGUCCCAAGAGAAAGCGGCGCGACUCGGUGCGGCUCAGGCAGGAACGGGAGCUCUACACCCGGCGCAGACACACCGUCGACACAGCCGCUUCCUCGGACGCCGGUGACGAGGUUGGGGCCUACAAGCUCCAGAGACAGACUCCACGCAUUACGACAUUGUCCGCCGGAGACGAACACGACGACUUACCGCCUCCUGCGCGCACCGGAACCGAUCUCGACAUUCUGGUGGCGUCCUACAUCCAAUCCGACAUUGCCGGCAACACGCACGACGAGAUCCAGCAGGCAGUGACGGCAGCGGCCAACAGCAACGGUCAGAACGCCAACGGGAACGUAGGCGACGGCAACAUCAACAUUGGCGCGAUGGGGAGGGGAUACGCUCGGAUCGGUUACUGGCGGCAGUUCGCCCUUCUCUCGCAGCGGACGUGGCGCAACCUGUACCGGAACCCGAUGCUGAUGCUCACGCACUACGCCAUCGCCAUCCUCCUCGCCGUCUUUGCCGGCUACCUCUUCUACGGCCUGAGCAUGGACAUUGCCGGGUUCCAAAACCGGCUCGGUCUCUUCUUCUUCAUCCUCGCCCUCUUCGGCUUCAGCACCCUCACCAGUCUCUCCGUCUUCUCCCAGGAGCGCCUGCUCUUUGUGCGGGAGCGCGCCAACGGGUACUACUCGCCCAUCACCUACUUCGCAGCCAAGGUGCUCUUCGACAUCGUCCCGCUGCGCAUCAUCCCGCCCAUCCUCCUCGGCGCCAUCGUGUACCCGAUGACGGGCCUCGUCGCCGAGGUCGACAAGUUCCUCGUCUUCAUGCUGGUGCUGGUGCUCUUCAACCUCGCGGCGGCGGCCAUCUGCCUCUUCAUCGGCAUCGUCUGCAAGGACCACGGCGUCGCCAACCUGAUCGGCAGCCUGGUCAUGCUGUUCAGCCUGCUCUUCGCCGGCCUGCUGCUCAACCACAACGCCAUCCCGCCGUCCGCCCUCUGGCUGCAGUGGCUGUCCAUCUUCCACUACGGCUUCGAGGCACUCAUCGUCAACGAGGUCGCGCAGCUGACCCUGGUCGACCACAAGAUCGGCAUCGACAUCACCGUGCCGGGCGCCGCCAUCCUGAGCUCCUUCGGCUUCGACAACCAGGCCAUGUGGCCCGACAUCACCAAGCUGGGCGUCUUCGGCGCCGUGUUUAUCGUCCUGGCCUACGGCGCGAUGCAUGUCUUGCUUGUGGAGAGGCGGUGAUAUAUAUAAGGAAAUAGGGGAGAGGCGAGGAUGAGCUUCAUGAAAGUCAUAACU